GUUGAGAACUUCCCUUUCAUGUUGAAAGAUAAUAAAAAUCUCUGUGUUAUUCAAAGAUUACAGCAUAUAUAUAUAUUACAAGAGCAUUGCAUAAGACUAAGUCAUACAUAGUAGUUUUAGGUCGUGUACUGAUUCGGCGGCAAUGGAGUACUCAGAGAUAGUAUUGAGGUUAUCAUUAUUGAUGAUGUUGGUUUUUGCGAAUGGGUGUUAUGGCUGCUGGGAGCAAGAUAGAAUCGCUCUUUUGCAGCUCAAAGCUUCCAUCAACUACCCAUAUGGCUCUUCUUCCUUGCCGUCAUGGGAGGACUCAAAAGGUGAAGGAACAACUACUGAUUGUUGUCAAUGGGAACGUGUUGAGUGUAAUCUCACCACGGGUCGCGUCAUCAAACUCUCGCUUAAUUCUGUAUGGUCAGGAAGUCGAUUUUUAAACACCUCAGUGUUUCUUCCUUUUGAAUCGCUCAUAAGCCUAAAUUUGAAUUGGAAUUAUUUAGAGGGAUGCAUUGAGAACGAAGGUUUUGAAAAACUAUCAAGUUUGAGCAAUUUACAGAUCCUUGAUCUAAGUUACAAUUCAUUCAAUAACAGCAACAUCCUAUCAUCUUUAAAUGGUCUUUCGUCCCUCAAGACUCUAAAACUACAGCAAAACAAGUUGACUGGGGUAGUUUAUAUUCAAGAUUUUGAUAGUUUGAACAGUUUGAAGGAGCUAGACAUAAGUGGGAACAAGCUUGACGGUAUCGCAACGAGAGAAGGUUUAGAGACAGCUCCAAGUUUGAGCAAUAUUGAGAUCCUUGAUUUGAGUUACAAUCCCUUCAACAAUGGCAACUGGUCAUUUUUGCAAAGACUACCAUCACUCAAGACUCUCCGUAUGGAAGAUAUGCGGAGUAUUGUAACAAUGUCCAGUAAAGACUUGCAAAACCUUACAAAUAUGGAAAACUUGUUCUUGGAUUUUACUAUUCUCAACAAUGGCUUCCUUUCAAGCAUUCAAGUGAUGACUUCUCUUAAAGUAUUGACCCUAUCAAAUUGUGGACUAACGGGCACCAUACCUGUUCCAGGGCUAUGUGCAUUGGAGUAUCUUCAACAGCUUGACCUUCAUCGUAAUGAAAUCAGGGGUGAGUUGCCUCAAUGCAUGGCAAACUUGACAUCGCUCCGGCUUUUGGAUCUAUCUUCCAAUCAUUUAACUGGGAAUAUUGCUUCAUCUCCAUUGGUCCAUCUUACCUCUCUUGUAUACCUUGCUCUUUCACGGAACUACUUUGAGAUCCCGAUUACCUUUGGGUCAUUUUUCAACCACUCAAAAUUGAAGGUCAUUAACAGCCUUAAUAACAAAUUCGUAGUAGAAGAAGAGUUUCAAAGCUUGGCCCCAAGUUUUCAACUAAUUGGCAUCCAUUUAUCUGAUCAUGAAUUUGGCAAUGUCGGUACCACUACUACUACUUCUGGAACCUUUCCUAACUUUCUUUACUACCAAAAGGACCUCCAACAAGUUCAGCUAUCUCAAAUAAACUUUAAGGGGAAGUUUCCAAGUUGGUUGUUGGAGAAUAAUACAAGAUUGGUUAGACUUUUCCUACCAUAUAAUUCUUUCAGUGGACCUCUGAAUCUACCAUCACAUCCCAACUUUACACUUUUGGAAUUGGAUAUCUCCAACAAUUUCCUCAGCGGCCCUAUCCCAGACAGCAUUGGUACAGUUUUUCCAAGUUUAAGAUUCUUAAACAUGUCUGGAAAUCGUUUCAGCGAUAGUAUUCCCUCUUCAAUAGGUGAUUUGUCCUCUCUAUGGUUUCUAGGGUUGUCCAAUAAUCAAUUGUCUGGUACAAUACCCCGGCACUUGGCCAUGGGUUGUUUCUCCUUGCAAUUCUUGAAACUAUCAAAUAACUAUUUGCAAGACCCAAUAUUACCGACCAGUCAUAACCUAACUGCCUUGAUAAUUUUAGAGUUGGACCAUAAUCAGUUAACAGAGAUCCCCGAAAGCAUUUCUAACUGCUCUUCUUUACAAUAUUUGUAUAUGACUCAUAACAACAUAUCAGGUGGAAUUCCUGGGUGGAUGGGGAAUAUGAGUGAGUUAGGUGUACUCGCCUUGUCAAAUAAUUAUCUUGAAGGUCCCAUUCUAACAGAGUUGUGUUGGAUUAAGUGGCUUUGGUAUUUGGACCUUUCGGAGAACAAUAUCAAUGGGACUUUACCUUCUUGCUUGAACAGCCCGAAUAUCCGAGUUCUUCAGUUGUCUAAAAAUGGGCUACAAGGAACACUAUCGCAUGCAUUUUGUAGUAGCAGCUCUCUAGGGAUGUUAAACCUCAACGAUAACCGCUUGACUGGUGGUAUCCCAGACUGUAUUGGAAACCUUUCCCAGUUGAUAGUUCUUCAACUAAAAAACAAUCAUUUUGAAGGUAAUGUUCCCAUUUCGUUAUGCCAGCUGGUCCGAUUAAGAUUGAUUGAUCUCUCUUCUAAUAAUCUUUCUGGCGGCAUUCCUCCUUGUCUGAAUAACAUCUCAUUUGAGGGAUCAAGUAUUGUUGCUUUCCCGGUUCUUCCGAUAGCUUUCUCGGUUUUACAUUACACAUCAUCAGAGUUGCUUGAUUGGAAUAUGUCCUUACCCAAGGAGGAUGAAUUUACGGAUUUGACCAAGUCACUCUAUCCACAAGCACAAUUAAUGCUCAGAACAAAAGGAAUAUUACUCACUUACAAGGGAAUCGUUCUGGACCUUAUCUCAGGAAUAGAUCUCUCGGCUAACAGAUUAACUGGCCACAUACCACUUGAAAUUGGGAACCUAAGCCGAAUCCAAUUUCUGAACCUGUCCCAUAAUAGCCUAAACGGAGUGAUCCCAUCAACAUUUUGGAAAUUAGAGAGCAUAGAGAGCUUGGAUCUUUCCAACAAUAACUUGAAUGGGGAAAUCCCUUCUCAGCUUACUAUGCUAACAGCUUUGGCUGUCUUCAAUGUGUCAUACAACAACUUAUCCGGCAGUACACCUCCGAGAAUCUCUCAGUUUGGAACUUUUGAAGAAGACAGUUAUGCAGGAAAUCGGCUUCUUUGUGGAGAGCCCCUACCAAGAAAUUGCACUGUCACCCAACCUGGAAUGGCAACAAAUGGCAGCGAAGCUGAUGAUGGUUUCAUUGACAUGGGCACCUUCUAUGCAAGUUUUGCAGCGUCUUAUGUAACCGUCUUAUUAGCAAUUGCAGCAGUUCUGUACAUCAAUCCUUACUGGAGACAGACAUGGUUCUAUUUGGUUGAAGUGUACAUCACCUCUUGCUACUACUUUGUUGUGGACAAUUUAAGGCAUUAAGGUCCUAUUUUUUUUUUUUUUUUUUUUUUUUUUU